ACUUUAUGUUUUGAUAUUCCUCAGAAAUUAAAAAAAAAAAAAAGGGCAAGGAAUUUAAUAAGAAAAUGUAGAAGUUUAAGGGAAAGGAGGGCAAGAAAGGAUCAAGGAUCAGAGCAAAAGCACGUAUCAUUCAAUCCCAAUCAUAGUCCCAUUAACAACCCUUUGAUCAUCACUUUCUUACUCCGCUGAUUUCUGAUUUCUGAUUUCAUGACUCCUGCAUUGACAUGUUGCCGGCGUUGCUAGACGCCGGAGCUCCGAUUCAAAACCCUAAUCUUAACGGUCAGAUUUCUCUUCCUCUUUUGUCAAUCUUUAAUUCCCUCUUGUUUAUAUUCGGAUUCUCAAUCAGAACAACCACCAUCACCACCGCUACAAAGCUCUAUGAACCCAUCAAAUUUUGCUGAUUUAAAUUCUGGGUUUUCAAAUUCAAGCGGAAAUGCCCAGAAUUUGAGAUCAUCAGGAAAGCCUCUCUCGAGGCCGAGAUUGAUGAAAUUGAGAAGGCAAUCCAAUUCCCAGAAUUUCAAAUCCCCAGCUGACACCUUUGCUUGUCCCGGUUUUAAUCCGUUUCGACCUGUUUCCGGCCCCGCUGAACAGGAUGUUUCAAAGUCCAGUGCAUUUAGAUUUGGUAGCGGUAGGAAUGAGUCAUUUGUUUUUGAAACGGGUAAAAGUAGUUUCGGUGGGAAUUCAGAUUCAGGGAAGUGGAAUGUGGAGAACCAAGUCAUUGAACAGAUGAAAAAUGUUAGAAUUGGUAGCGGAAACGUGUUCCUGAAUAGUAACUUAAAUGCAAGCGAUAGAAGUGAUUUUGUGUUUGGGAGCGAUCACAAUAAGAGUUGCAGCAUUGAUGAUAACAUGAAGAAGUUGACCAUUGAUGACAAUGAAACUGAGAAGGUUGUUGACGAAAGGUCCAAAUUAACAGCAAAUGAUAUUGCCAAAUUUUGGUUCAGGAGUGGAAACAAUGUGACCACUUCCAUAGGGAAAAAUGCGGAAUCAAAGCUACCAGAUGAGUUGAAGAAGAAAUUGCAUAUAGAAGAGAGAGAUGAUUUCUGCGGUGGUAGCAGCAUCUCCAGUGCGGACGAAUUGAAAAGGUCUGGUUUCAAAAGUGAUGCAAAUGUCAGCAAUGCAUUUGCUGAUAGCUUGGAGAAUGCACUUCCUGAUCAGAUUAAGAAUUUGAAAAUCAAGGACUCUUUGGAUGCUAAUGACAUUGAUAAUAAGACCUAUGACAAGGAUAGUUUUGCGUCUGGAAGCAGGAAAGGCACUAGUUGUCAUGUGGAUAGAGAAACAGAAAGCAUACUGAUGAAUGAGAUGGAGAGCAAGUUGAACAUUGCAAGUGCAGUAGGAGAAUCUUCUGGUCAAACAACUUCUCGAAUCUUUGCCAAGGAUAUGCAAAAUGGAAAUGGAAGUGAUAAGAAGUUCCCUGAUUUUGGUAAUUCGGUUCCGAUGGAAUUUAAUUUCAAGGGAGGGGUGCAGGGUAAGGAAGCAAGUGCUAGUCAAGUUCCGAUUGACCAACCAAAAGUUGAUGCACAACCAGGUGGAGUUGCAGGACCUUCAUCUGCAUUCUCAUCUAGUGGCUUGGCUGGUGGGUAUGCUUUUGGAUUGCCACCAACAGGUAGAGAGGAGAAAAGAGAUGGAUGUAUUUUUACAAGCAAGCAAGAUGGUGUUGGAUCACCCUUUGUUGAAUCUAAAACUCCAAAUCUGAAAGGAAAUCUAUUCUCUGGCUUAAAUCAGAAAGUGGAAAUCAGCGCGAAGUUUAAAGACUCAAAAGUAAAGAAGAAAAGAGGAAAGUUGAAACAACCAACCAAAGUCCAUCUAUGGCCUGGACAAGAUUUUGUUUCAAGGGAAAGUGGUUCUCACGAAAUCCCAGAGGCUUCUGAAUCUCAUUCACCAAUGGAUGUUUCACCAUAUCAGGAAACAUUGUCUGAUACUCAAUUUUCAAGGGAAACUUCUGUGGCAUCAGAGGAGUCCUUCAGUCUUGACAACCAGUGUCCAUCAACUGAUUCACAACCGUCUGCUUUAAAUGAUGCCAUAGAUGAAGAUUUGGUUGUUGCAACACAACAAAUGGAUAUAAAUGAAGAGUAUGUGCAAUUCAGAGAACCGGAGAAGGAAGGCUCUGGUUACUGUUCUGAUAAAGGUAUUGGUGCUGAAAAUCCUCCAGAAGAUUCCAUAUCAUGGGCUGAAACAGAAAGCUUUAAAUCUGCAAAUGAGGAAAUAGACUUUAUCAGUGAUAUUGUGGUUGCUUCAGCAGAAAAUGGAGCCAAUUCUAGUACAAAUAUUGAGAGACAAGGUAGUGAUGUCAGGAUUCAAUUUGGUUCUCCUGCAAGUUCUGAGGAUAUAGGUAGUUCUGGUUUCACCUUUGCUGCUGCUUCUGCUGCUCAACCAUCAUCAAAACGUCAGCAUAGAAAGAAGAAUAGUGUUAACGUUGGUCGCGAUUCCUAUAAUUGCAGCCCAAAUGCAAAAGUUUCAUAUCCAUCAUUAUCUUCAGAGUUUACUCCAUUCUCUGGUGCUUCAUUGCCUUUGUCCCCUACUCUGGGCAAGAAAGUAAGUAUAUCCACUCCGUUCCACAUGAUUGGAGAUAACUCUGAGGGGCUUGGACAACAGGAGGUGAAGCAGGAAUUUGAUUUGAUUUCUGCUGCAUCUGUUGCAGCUCAGGAAGCAUGUGAAAUGUGGCGAUUAAGGGGAAACCAAGGAUAUACAUGUGGAGAUUUGUCUAAAGCAGAGGAUUGUUACACACGAGGGAUAAAUUGUGUUUCUAAAAGUGAGACAUCUAGAAGCUGUCUCAGGGCAUUGAUGUUGUGCUAUAGCAACCGUGCAGCAACACGAAUGUCUCUUGGAAGAAUGAGGGAUGCACUUAGAGAUUGUAAAAUGGCUGCUGAAAUUGAUCCCAAUUUUCUAAGGGUGCAAGUUAGAGCUGCAAAUUGUUACCUGGCCCUGGGGGAAGUUGAAAAUGCAUCAGAGUGUUUCAAGAAGUGCUUGCAGUCAGGAAGUGACAUCUGUGUGGACCGAAAAAUUGCAGUUGCAGCCUCUGAGGGACUACAAAAGGCGCAGAAAGUGUCUGAGUGCUUGCAACGUUCUGCUGAACUUUUGCGAAGGAAAACUUCGUGCGAUGCAGGGAGUGCUUUGGAACUAAUUUUAGAGGCUUCAACUAUAAGUCCAUUCUCAGAAAAAUUUCUUGAAAUGAAAGCAACAUCCCUUUUCCUGCUGCGCAAUUAUGAUGAAGUAAUUCAGCUAUGCGAGCAGACUUUUGAUUCUGCUGAACAGAAUUCUCCCCUAAUAGAUGCUGAUUGCCAAUCAGCUGAUCUGGAUAGUAGUGAACUUCUGAAGAACUUCUCCUUUUCUUUCUGGCGAAGCCACCUGAUGUUCAAAUCCUACUUCUAUCUUGGAAAGCUGGAAGAGGCUAUUGGUUCACUAGAAAAGCAAGGGGAACUGAUUGCAAAAUGUGGUUUGUCCAGGAAUUAUAGCAAGAUGAUGGAAUCAUUAAUACCCUUAGGUGCCACUGUACGAAAACUCUUACGCCAUAAGGCUGCAGGAAAUGAAGCAUUUCAAGCAGGAAAGCAUUCAGAAGCCAUUGAGCAUUACACUGCUGCCCUGUCAUGCAAUGUAGAGUCACGUCCUUUUGCAGCUAUUUGUUUCUGCAAUCGAGCUGCUGCUUACAAGGCAUUGGGCCAAAUUAUUGAUGCCAUUGCGGACUGCAGCUUAGCAAUAGCUCUUGAUGGAAAUUAUCUGAAGGCAAUUUCUAGAAGAUCAACUUUAUAUGAGAUGAUUAGGGAUUAUGGACAAGCAGCUAGUGAUCUUCAUAGACUUGUAGCUCUUCUCACUAAGCAAGUAGAGGAGAAGACCAAGCAGUUUGGAUCAUCUGAUAGAAUAGGAAACUUGGCAAAUGAUCUAAGACAAGCUCGCUUGCGUCUUUCCACAAUUGAAGAAGAAUCCAGCAAGGAGAUUCCUCUGGAUAUGUACCUCAUUUUGGGAGUUGAACCUUCUGCUUCAGCGUUGGAAAUUAAGAAGGCAUACCGGAAAGCUGCACUUAGGCACCAUCCUGACAAGGCUGGUCAGUCCUUGGCAAGAAGUGAGAAUGGAGAUGAUGGGCUUUGGAAGGACAUAGGAGAAGAAAUCCACAAGCAUGCGGACAGACUUUUUAAAAUGAUUGGGGAGGCAUAUGCAGUACUUUCGGAUCCUACUAAGCGUUCACAGUAUGAUCUUGAAGAAGAGCGGAUGAAUGCCGGAAAGAAACAUAAUGGAAGAAGCACAUAUAGUACAUACACAGAUGUACAGAACUAUCAGUUUGAAAGAAGUGGCACUAGGAGACAAUGGCGAGAGGUUUGGAGAUCAUAUGGCAGGUAGCACACCAAUGGACGGGCCAGCCACUUGGUCAAAGAGAUCUUGAUAACAAUCAUUUGUGCUUGCUUGAUAAGAAUCUCCAGAUUUCAGAGUAACUGUUGUGUGUGCUACAGCUACGCAUGGUAAGAAUUUUGAGAUUUCUGAUGAAAGUUAAUCAGUUGAUGGGUUUGAUUGAUUAGCUGCAGUCUUUAUGUAACUUCAAUUGAGAGGGCUCAAGAUGGGAAGUUGCUUCGGCUACUUUGAGAAUUGAUCACUUAACACGCAGCAGGAGGAUGGUUAAAAGCUUUGGUGAAAAUUGUGGUUUUCUCACCCAAAACACCAGAAAGUGCGGGGAAAGAAACUGGCUCCUAUUGGGAUUUUUGACAGACGAUUGUAAACUUGUGGGGAAGUUUGUGAAUUUGAAGACUAGAGCGGAAAAAGGAAAAGAAAAGAAAAGGUAAAUUGCUUCUUGUUUUUUUUAACCAUAUAUGAGAAAGAAAGUUAUUACUAACUAUUUGAGGUGUGUAAAUGUACUGGAAACUUGUACAGAUGAAAUGUUAACAACGCAAUCAAAGAAAUCACCAGAUUUUGUUAA